GUGAGGAUGAGUAGUGGUAAAAAGAGGAGUGGCUUCCAGAUCACCAGUGUGACAUCAGACUUAAACCAAACUCCUGCCGGCCAAUCAGCUCCCAGCGUGGUCCUGACUGUCCUCCAAUCAAAGUCCUCCUCCUCCUGCAGCCCUCAGGGAAGCUCCUCCCAGCCAACCACACCCUCUCUGAAGAGGAAAUACAUCCCCCAUGAUGCAACUGCUCAAGGGGCAGGGUCUUCGUCCAGGUUCAGGGUGGUGAGGCUAGCGGUGGGCGGGGCCGGCAGUGGUGGCCGUGGUGAGCCAUAUUGCCGUGGACGGUGGACGUGCGUGGACUCUAUGGAGCGUCAGGAAGGGGUGGGGUUCAGGCAGGUGAUGGACAGCAUGAGACACGCCCACUCACUGGAAUCCCUGGAGAUGAUUGGCCGAGACAGAGUUCACUCCAAGGAUACCGCCCACCUGCAUGGUCAGCCAAUCAGAGGCAGGGAGGAGGUGGGGCUCGUACUGCGCAGCGGGCCACCGUCCCCUACACACCAAGAGCCAAUUAACAUCAGGCUCCUGGACCGAAAGCAGCCAAUAGGAGUGCAGGGUUUAGACUACACCCCACCACCAUCUUUGCCAGGCCCACGAAACAUCCCUCCUCCUCUACGAUUGGACGUGGACGCUGCAGGAAGGUCUGUCCUCAGACAGUGUCACUCUCAGCCCAACUCCCCCCCCACUGGAUCCUACCACCCAACUCUGACCCCUAUUCAGACUCCUGCAGCCUUCAGUCUGGACCAAACCAUCUUCAACCUGCCGGGGGACGACAGUACCUCCAGUAACAGUCUGGUCGCAAUUGAUAACAAAAUCGAGCAGGCCAUGGACCUGGUAAAGAGUCACCUGAUGCUGGCGGUCAGAGAGGAGGUGGAGCUUCUGAGGGAACAAAUCAGAGAACUGCAGGAGAAAAACCAACAACUGGAGAGAGAGAACCACAUCCUGAGAACACUGACGCACAACAAGCACACAACAUAACACACAACAAACACACAACAUAACGCACAAC